UUACCUGAACCUUUAUAUUUUUACAGAUAAGCGAACCACACAUCUCCAAGAUGCGGAUCUUCGUUUACCUGACGGCUCUGCUGGGCCUGAGCUCGUCCCUGCCUCACGACACGACCUAUCCGGACACGGACGGAAGGUCGUUCGUGAACUUCAACAUCAGCCCGCCGCGGAAAUUCACCAACCAAGCUCUCUCCAAGGCUGAGGCAUGCCGAGACCCGUCCGGGUUCACGGGCUACUGCGUGGCCUCAGCCGCCUGUCGGGCCUUCAAUGGCACACAGGGCGCCCGCUGUCCCAAGAGGCCGGCAGGCACCGGCACCUGCUGUCUCGUGGACCGUUGUCCGGUGGCGCCACCUACGGUACCGUCUGGAGGAGCCGUCAUCACAGCACCCAUACCAGGCAGCGGCAGUGCGGUGGGGACCGAGAUCCAGUUCAUCUGUCAGCCGGGUCUGGUCUUUGAAGGCAUCCCAGAGGUGAUGGUGACCGCGACCUGUGACGUCAGAGGCACCUGGUCUCCGGCCGUCAUCCCAAACUGUGUUCCAGCGCCCCCCACUGUGUGUGUGUCGGAGCCGCCGUCGGCGCCGGCCGACGUUCUGGUCUCGGACGGAGGAGACCGGUUCAUCGGGGCGCUGGUGUACUACGUGUGUACCUCGGGCACCUUUGGAGACGGCCGGGCCAUCACAGCAGCCCGCUGCGGCGAGGACGGCCUGUGGAGUCCCGAGACACUGCCAGAGUGUGUCACAGCCCCACCGACGGAAUGCUCCUCCCCUCCCCCGGCGGCACCGGCCGGAGUCCUACAACACUUUGACGGAAACCUGACCAUCGGGGCUCUGUCGCUCUACACGUGCGCCGCCACGGGGAUGGUGUUUCCGUCGGGAGCCAGCUUCCUCUUGGCCACGUGCCACGAGGACGGCACGUGGCAGCCGGACGACGUGCCGUCGUGCGCCCAGCCCGUGGCUACCCUCUCACAUGGAUAUUGACCUGCCUGCUGCCGUGUGCGGCCAACGGAAAAGCCAGUUUUACUAGCACCCGACUUCAACCGAACGAAGAAGAAUCCGGUCAAAGACUACGGAGGAGACAACUUUUCGUGAUCAGGGGAGGAUGAUAAACUUUUGCUAAGUGUCAUUGUCAUUUUGUUAUGUACAUUCCUUGUGUCGUAUGUGUAAAUAUGUGCAAUAUGCGAAUAGCAUUGCUUACAUGUGUAAAUAUACAUUUUGAUC